UAGCCGACCACACCACGAGCUGGACGUUCCGAACGCGUAUCGUAUCAUAUAAUAUUAUCAAAUACUAAAUAUAGAGUGUACGUGCACCGAUUUUGAAUUUCGAUCAAAUUUUUUUUUCUCAACCGUCCGACCGGGUCGACACACCUGUAGCGCGGUAUAUCAUCUUAACGUACGCCUUUAUCCGCGCAUAAUAUUAUACGCACGGUCAUCACAGUGCACAGAGAUCGUUGAGCAAUAAAUAAUUCGGGUCAAUUGUCUGUAAGGAGCUACCUGCAAGGACUAGCGGUGUUCGAAAUAAAAGAACGCUUCAUUAGCCCCGCAAGGAGUGGUGUAAUUGGGCUUAUGAAUGGUUAACAUGUCUUACCAAGGAAACGCUAUGUGGGAAGACUUAGGCGUGGCUAACGCGACAAGCGUGAUAAACGAGACGUCCAAGGCCAUCGCAGAGUCAGUUAUGAGUACGACGAUGAUAAACGAUGGACCUCUGGUGGACAGCGACGCCGUAUCGCCGGUCACGUUGAGCAUGGAAUGGAGCAGGGUGGCCAGGCUGUUGAUCAUGAUAGGCCUGUCCGUCAUCGGUAGCAUCGGUAACGUGUACAUGAUCAGCUCGGUAAUGAUCGAGGAUCAUCUAAACAAAAGGGGCAACACUUUCGUGGCGAACGUGGCGCUGGCCGACCUGUUGAUCAGUGGUCUCGUCAUUCCCGCAUCCGCAGUGGUCAUCCUGUCCGGUCUGCAGGAUUCUCCGCCGGUGUGCCAGUUCCAGUGGUUCUUGUCAAUCCUGUGCUGCCUGGUGACCGUGCUUACCAUGGCCGCGGUGGCGGCCGAGAACUACAUACGUCUCUGCCUGACGCCCGAAUGUUACGCCAAACUAACUGUCACGAAAAUCACCACGCUCCUGUUCGCCAUAUGGAUCGUCAGCUCUAUUCUGGUCACGUUACAAUCUGUCUACAAGAUGGGACCAGACUAUUGCGCCAAGCGGGUAAGGCGAGUGAGCAGCAUCGUUCCGACUCAGGCGCUGGCGGCCGGUGCCAUUGUGCUGGGGCCGCUGCUCAUCACGGCCGGGCUGUACCUGCGCAUCACGUACCAGGUGCACGUGGCCCGGCUGAACCCGAGCUUCAAACCGCCGCUGGCGUUCAACUGGGACUACUCGCUGAUGCUGGCCAACGCCUAUAGCUUCGUCAUGUUCGUCGUGUUCUGGGCGCCGUUCGCCAUCGUCCUGGCGCUGGCCAGCGUCCAGCGGCUGUCCGCGCAGGUGUUCUACAACCUCGCGUGGCUGGCCCUCAGCAAGUCAUGCUUCAACAACCUGGUGUACUGCGCCGGCAACCGGCACUUCCGCAACGCGUACGUCAACCUGUUCCACUACUGCUGCUGCAAGACGACGGUGACGUUCUCGCGACGGGCCCGCGACGGCGCCAGCCGCCCGUCCGGCGACGUCCGCGUCCACAUCAUACCCGGCUACAACAUGUACUCGUACACCAGCCCCACCAGGUCGCGGGAGUCGGGGUCGUGUCCGCUGCAGGGCCGGCCGCGGGCCAGGGCCAACGGCGGCGGCAGCGGCCUCGGCGGCGGCGGUGGUGGCGGCGGUGGCGGCGGCGGCGGUCGCGACGUGUACGAGCUGUAAGCUGUACGAUGAUGAUGAUAUUAUAUAAUUAUAUUAUAUAAUUAUUGUACUUGUCCGGCGCUUAUACCUUCGCCCCGAACACGCAUUAGACGACAACGUUAUUAUUAUUAUUUAU